AUGCUCUGCAUUAAGUAUAGUGGUAUCCAGCGUAUAUUUGAAAAACCAACAUUUGUAUACAAGCUGUACGAAUAUCAUGACAUUCACUUUGGUAGUCGCCUUCUUAAUGUUAGUCUCUGGGUUAAGAACGUCUGGAGACAGUUUGUUCCCUAUCUACCAUAUUAUCUAAUUGGUUUAAUUUUCUUACAAACGGCUUUUGGUUUGAUUGAAUUAUCGCACCCAGAUAACUCCAUACCAGUGAACCGGUUUGUAACUCCGCUUCAUAUCGUACCUGAAUGGUACUUUUUAGCAUAUUAUGCGGUGUUAAAAGUAAUCCCAUCCAAAACCGGUGGUUUGUUAGUAUUUAUGUUAUCAACAUGUCAAUGA